AUGAAUUUUAUCGUCUAUCUUCUUGUCCUUGUCGCCUGUGCAGCAAACUUCGGAUUCUCUCAAAUUGCUACAGGACCUGGGCUUUCAAUUAAAGAUAUUGGCGGAGUCUCAAAUAUGAUUGGAAAACUUACGGAAGGAGUUUCCAAUGGAGCAAUUCAAGAAUUGUCUCAACUACUAUGA